AUGAAGAAAGCAAAUUUGGUUUAUGUUGAUGAAAAAGAUAAUGAAAUUAAAGAAAAGGUUGAAUGGUAUCAUGAAUGGACAUUGGAGACUUUUAAAGUUAAAGCUGAUACAGAAUGGGUUUCAGGAUGUUUAGACCUUAAAGCAGAUAAAACUUAUGUUAACGAUGAGUUAAUGAAGAAAGCAAAUAAAACAUAUGUUAACAAUGAGUUAGAGAAGAAAGCAGAUAAGGAAAAAGUUAUUUCAUUCAUUAAUACUGAGUUAGCAAAGAAAGCUGAUAUAUCAUUUGUUAAUGAAGAAAUAAAACAAUCAGAGGUCUAUUUUACUCCACCAUUUUUAAAUUUUAUGAAAUCAUCAGAUAAAACCUUUGAUAUAGAUUCUUUUGAAUGGAUAUGUUUCGAUGGAGUGACCACGUAUUUAUUUUAUACAGCUGGAGUGCUUUAUUAUUUUAAAACAAAUGAUUUUAAAAACUAUGAAUCAUUUACUCCAUCUGUUUUGAAUCCUGAUACACGAAAGCCAAGAAUUUUAUAUGUUGAAUAUAAUAAUGGUAAAUUUAUGGGAAUGAUAACGGUUGGAGAUGAUUUUUGCCCUUGUUAUUCAUUCGAUUGUAUCCAAUGGUUCAAAUGUAAUUUAAAUCAAGAUGCUAAAUUUAAAUAUCCAAAUAAUCCUAUUAGAUGCGUUAAUAAUAAAUGGGUACUAAUUUAUGAAGUCAAUCAAAUUUUCAUUAGUGAGGAUGGGAUAAAUUAUUAUAUGUUUAGUAUGAUGUCAUCAGAUUUGGAAAUCGAUUAUACAAGUAAGUGGUAUUACAUUAACAACAUGUAUUUUAUCCUACAAAAUGAUAAAAUUUAUAGAUCAUCUUCAAUACCAUUUGGUCGUUUUGAACAAAUUUUUCAAGCUGAUGGAGACAUUGAAGCUUUAUGUUAUGCUUCAAAUGUUUGUGUUCUUGUUUCAGGUGGUAUGGUCUAUUCAUAUCUUGUAAGUUAUAACAGACAUAUUUAUUUAUCACAGGAUUUUUCACAGGAUCCAGAGAAAACACCAAGUUGGGAAUUGGUUUAUUCAUUCACUCCAAAAUUUACUCGAAAUUAUAGAUUGCAAUUUGUUUUAUAUUGA